AUGGCUCCAUCAAUGUUCCAUCGACCCACCAUACUUCCUCAAGAACCUCACCACUCGACUGUAUCGCAUCGGCAAAAGCUGAAAUCAAUUUCAUCCUUCUUCCCGUCAUUCGCCCAUCCAGCUUCAAAUGGGAUAGAUCAGUCUCACGUUAUUCCUUAUCGUCAACCUGAUUCCUUGAGCCAACACACCGCAACCGUUUUCGAAGGACUACCAAAUAUCAAGAACAACAGUAAUAUAUCAUUACCCCCUCGUUCCUCGCAACAUACCAUCUCCCCUGGUCAAUCUUCACCAUGUUUGAAAGUGACUUUACAGCAAACCACAUCGAAUGGUGAUGCAGUGACUUACACAAGUCAUAAUCUUCAACAACAGAUGUCUAAAGAAAUGCCAACAUUAGCUUCCGCGAUACACAUACCAGAUUCGUCCAUCUCUUCAUCCCCAAACCCCCUUUCUUCUUCGAAAGCCAGCGUGGCAGGUAUGAAGCAGAAUCAUCAUGGUGUACAUCCAUUGUAUCAUCUCAAUGCAAGUUCAACAUCUCUCCUUGGAUCGUACGUACAAGUCAAUGAAAUUAUUCAUGUGGUCAAUGUCGAUAUCCCCAGUGAAGGAGGAGUGUGCAAAAGGGAAAGAUCUAAUUCAAGAAGUAGUACUUUGAGUCAAACGACCAAAAGAUUAACUAGGAGAUUGUCUUUGGAUAAUAUCGUUCCCAAAAUUACUUCAAUGGGGAGUUUGAGGAAAAGAGAGAGAAGUGGAAGUAAGAGUAGCAUUUUGGAUAAUAAUGGAGGGGUGGCGGAAGGGAGAAGAUGGUCUUUGUUCAAUUCAUCAAAUGCCAAUCACAAUCAAGAAUCUCAAGGGGCCCAGACCAAGCACGUGAUGGGUGAACAGUCGAUGGGUAGAACCGUGAACAAACAGAGUAUGCCAGUCAGCAGGAAUUGGAGAAAUAAAUUUACAGUCAAGAAUACCUCUGCAACCCGAACAAGUGGCGGCAAGGAGAAUAUCAGUGUUGGUGUAACGAUGGGAAUGGACGAUAGACUGGAAGCUGCCAGACAAGCUAGAGAUAGAUCAAGAGCUGAAUCAGCAGAAUAUAGAGAGAGGUACGAUGAGAGGACGAUCAAGCGGAUUCCUGUGAGAGAUAUGAGGGAGAUGUCGUUCUCUAGUUUUGGGGGUGGGAAUGAAGAUCGCUUAAAGGAGAGAGAAAGUAUGAUUAGUAUGCUUGGUGGGAGUGGUGGAAUGGGAGAAAGGGAUGGGGUUAGUGCUACGAGACUGUCUUUUGUCCUCAGACCUUCCUCUCGAGCCAGUUCUUUCGAUCCCGCCGCCACACCCAAAUCCCCUUCCUCUUCCUCCAUUCCGAUCCCAUUCAUCCCAAAAGGUCCACCACCCCAACAAAGCAGUUUGGUCGAGAGUCAUACAACGACUUCUCUAGCUGCCACUUUCGACUCACCCUCACCACUUCCUAGACCAGUGCAUACCCCCCUUAAUCGAUCUGCUGGACUGCGAAUCCCCUCAGCCACCGCUAAUAAGUCAGCGAUACUUUCACCUGCUCAGGACGAUCGAUCGAUUUUGGAUCCAGCCAGAUCACCUUGUCCCAUACCUGAUAUGUCGCCCCUUCUUCCGUUGAAUACGGGAUUACAAUAUCAGAAUAUGCCACUUCCCCCUCCGCCGGUCCAGGUAAACCAGAAUAUGGCGAUUAACGAUGUCAAGAAGAUGGAAGUGGCGGAGAACGAUCCAAUGGACAUGACAAGUCUUGAUAAGAGCUUGGACGAAAUCAUGAAACCUUCAAUUUCAAGUAUCACUGCAAUUAUCGCGGCUCAACCUAGUCAAACGGGUACUUUCGGCGUAUCUGACUCUAACCAGACAUGGCACACCGCAACUACCUCUCCACCACCUCCUUUACCUACUUCCUCCUCGACACGGACGAUGUACACCCUCCCUCGAUCCAAGUCCAAAUCACAUACUGAUCUAUCUUCUUACUCGUCUACUAAAAAUCUAGUGGAGCAUAUCGAAGCUACUCAAGGACCUGGAUGGUGGUCUACCGAUAAAACGGUUAAUCGAAGGGUAUCGACUAUGACCUUGAGAUAUAAAGCUGAAGAUGAAGAUAGGGAACUGAAGAGGCUAGAGAGAUUGGCUCAAUCGACUACUAUACCCCAUAGACCUAAAUUAAAUGGCAUGACUCCGGAUGAGGAGAUAAUUGAUUCUCCUAGUCUGAGUAGGAUGAGAGAAGAUGAUAAAUUACGGACUAGAUCUUCAAUAGAUUUGAGAUCUUCUUUCCAAUCGACCUCGACUGCAAAUGCAAGUACAGUUAGAUCGUCGAAUGUCUUGGGUAGCGAUACUGUUAGAUCGGGACAUCAUCCUAGACCAUCAUUAAUGGCAGGGUCGAUUUGGUCUAAAGAGCUUCCACCAUCACCUAGAAGAAGUGUUUUAUCCAGACAGAUCGAGCUGGCUAAUGGGGAUACACCAAUGAAGAUCCGACCUGCGCAAAUCCCCUUGCCCCUCAGUGAGCCUAGGAAUAAUACGUUUAUCAGUAAUAGGAUAAGUCCAGGUAUAGCUCGAAGAGCGAGCUUUCUCUCUAAAGACUGUUCGACAACAGAUGGUGAAUCGCCCUCGAGAUCGACUUCGAGGCAGACUACUCGUACGACUUUGUCAGCGAUUUCGACAUCCACUGCUCCUACGUCCGUACCAUCCGAUAAUGAAGAACAAGAGGAGGUAUCAGGUAAAGUGGGAAUGCUUAAAAAGGAGUAUGAAGAGAAGAUUGCCAAUUUACGUUCUAGACAUAUUUUGGAAAUUGAUGCUGUUCUUACUGCUUUGUCGAAUGCCAAGAUAGAGAAUACAUCGCUUAAAGAGGAAGUUACUAGUUUGCGAAAGGUGGUUGAUGAAAUUACGAAAGAAAAAGAGGGAUUGAAAAAGAAGGUCAAAAUACUUUGUAUGAGUUUACAAACCAUCGAAUUGGGUGGCAUCACUUCUACUCAAGCAGGUCAAAGGGAUGAGAGUGGAAUGGGAAGGGGAAUGGGAAUGAAAAGGUCGGAAAGUGUACUCAGUUCAUUAUUACCUGAACUUAUCUCUUCAACGAAUUUGUCAGAUCCAAUCUCACCGUUACCUCUCUCAUCCACCACACAUCGACAGAUGGAUGAUUUUGGUAGGAAGCAGAUGACUUUACAUGAACCGCUGACGAGCGAUUCGAUAGGAAGGGAAGAAAUGAGGAAUAAAGGUAUAAUGGAUUCGUUAAGUAAAACACGAGGGCAAUCGAUUAUGAUUGGUGGUCCUUCGAGAAAUGUCAGUGGUGCGACUAGUGUACAUACGGAUGGAAGUAAUAUCUUAUACGAUGAGGAUGAGGAUGAGGAGAUCGAAAGACACGGAGAAGGAGAAGGUUGGACAUUGAGAUUGAAAGAGUCUGAUGAGAGGUUUUUAGAUGAUUUGUGA